AUGGCUUCCAUGAUGGAUGUCAAGCUAGGAAUGAGACAACUAAUGGAGAAUAACGCGACCACCGUCGUCGCUGUUAGUUCGGCUGCCGAAGCAGACCCAACUCUCCCAGCUACCGCGCACUACCCUAUCCCAAAUGUGGUAGGACGAGAAAGAAGCACACUAGGGCACAUCAACAACCCCCAUCCGGGGUACAACCAAGUAGCUUACCCCUAUGGAUUACAACCUAAUUACACACCACCAGUCAUACGUGAUGACGCGGGUCAUGUCCUUCCCCCCAUCCUUGAAGGGGAGCCUCCUCGACAGUCGGACGAGGUCCACGAGGAUCAUCGAGAGCAUGCCCAGGGAGACAUCGAUUCCUACUCCCCAUUCCCUGCCGAGGGGCCGGCACCCAACGCACUACCUCAGCCCAACCUCACGGGAGAACCUCGAAACCACCCAACACAGCCAAUAUUUUUGUCCGCAAGAGGGCCACCCUUGGCAGCAGAAGAAAAGAGGAAACUCGAUCUCAUCGAAAAGAGAUUAAGGGUUGUUGAAGGCUUUGGCGACUAUCCAUUCACGAACAUGACUGAUAUUUUCUUAGUGCCGGAUGUUGUCAUCCCACCGAAAUUCAAGGUACCUGAUUUUGAUAGGUACAAAGGGAUGACUUGUCCUAAGAAUCAUCUCAAAAUGUAUUGUCGCAAGAUGGGUGCGUAUUCCAGGGAUGAGAAGUUGUUGAUGCAUUUCCUCCAAGAUAGCUUGGCUGGGGUAGCGGUCAUCUAG